AUGGACGGCGUCGACGUCGUCAACGUCGAUCUGGGCGAUCGAUCGUACCCGAUCUACGUCGGGACGGGGCUGCUGGACGACGGGGACGCGCUGCGCGCGCACGUCGCGGGGUCGACGGCGCUCGUGGUGACGAACGAAACCAUCGCGGGGCUUGGAUACCUCGAUCGCACGGUGAAAGCGCUCACGGCGAAGGAUUCGAAACUGCGCGUGGAGACGGUGGUGCUGCCGGACGGAGAGGAGCAUAAGAAUUUGGAGGUGCUGAACGCGGUGUACACGAGGGCGCUGGAGACGCGACUCGACCGCGGGACGACGUUCGUGGCGCUGGGGGGGGGCGUGAUCGGUGAUAUGACGGGAUACGCCGCGGCGUCGUAUCAGCGCGGGGUGAAGUUCGUGCAAAUACCGACGACGGUGAUGGCGAUGGUGGAUAGCUCGGUGGGGGGGAAGACCGGGGUGAACCACGCGCUCGGGAAGAAUAUGAUCGGGGCGUUUUAUCAGCCAGAGUGCGUUUUGAUCGAUAUCGAUUCGUUGAAGACGCUUCCCGAUCGAGAGUUCGCGAGCGGGAUCGCAGAGGUGGUGAAAUACGGUCUCAUUCGCGAUGGGCCGUUUUUCGAAUGGCUCGAGGCGAACGUCGAUAAGCUUCUCGCGCGCGAUACGCAAGCCAUCGCGUACGCCGUCGAGCGAUCGUGCGUGAACAAGGCGGAAGUCGUCGCCGCGGAUGAGAGGGAGGGCGGCGUUCGAGCGACGCUGAAUCUUGGGCACACGUUCGGUCACGCGAUAGAAACCGGUCUCGGCUACGGCGAGUGGUUGCACGGCGAAGCGGUGAGCGCCGGUAUGUGUAUGGCGGCGGAUAUGUCUCUUCGACUCGGUUGGAUCGACGCCUCGCUCAAGGAGCGCACGAUCGCCUUAUUGAACAAGUGCAAAACCCCGAUCGACGUCCCUGAAAAGAUGACGGUUCAAAUGUUCAUGGACUUGAUGGCGGUGGAUAAGAAGGCUGCGAAUGGGAAAUUGCGCUUGAUUUUGUUAAAGGGCGAGCUCGGCGAGUGCGUCUUCACUGGGGACUUCGACCAAAGCAAGCUCCAGGAAACCUUAGACGCGUACGUCAAGUAA